UUCAAACUCAAAAGUCUCCAUCUAUAUUGCGAGAGAGAGAGAGAAAGAGAGAGAGAGAUAUGGAAGCUGAGAACUUUCAAAACUACACCUUGGGUGAGAUCUACCCAAACUACAGCUUAGAGUGGGAGAUCAGCAACUUCAUCAAAGUAUGGAUUGCAGUGGCUACAUCUCUAUCCUACUGCAAAUUCACAAGUAAAUUAGUCCCAAAAGGCCUACCUAGACUCCUCACAUUCUUCCCUGUUAUUUGCCUCUUCUUAUACCUCCCUCUUAAUCUCCACUCUAUGCAUCUCUGUGGCACCACCUCCUUCUUCAUCGCCUGGCUUUCCAAUUUCAAAAUCCUCCUCCUCGCCUUCAACAAAGGCCCUCUCUCUGACCCCUCUCUCUCUCUCCCCCAAUUCCUCGCCGUCGGUUGUUUCCCCAUCAAAAUCCAACACAACCCACCUCCAAAAUCCCAAACCAAACAAAACCCAUCUCCUCAAAAUCCCCAAAAUGGCCACAAAUCGCUUUGGAAUUACGCCAUAAAGGUUCUCCUCGUAGCCGCCUUUGUACGUAUUUAUAACUACAGCGAGCACAUUCAUCCCAAGGUCAUUUUGGUCCUUUACUGCUUCCACAUAUACUUUAUGCUGGAAAUCAUGUUCGCCAUGGUGGCAGCCCUUGCUCGAGCCACGGUGGGUUCCAAGCUCGAGCCACAGUUCGACGAGCCCUACCUCUCCACCUCGCUCCAAGACUUCUGGGGACGGAGGUGGAACAUCAUGGUCACAAGCAUCCUGCGCCCCACCAUAUACAGUCCCGCCCUCCGUGUCUGGACGCGGGUCUUGGGCCGGAAGUGGGCCCCGCUUCCGGCCACGUUCGUCACGUUCAUGGUGUCGGCCGUAAUGCACGAGCUGAUAUUCUACUACUUGGGCCGGGGGCGGCCCACGGGGAAGAUCACGGGGUUUUUUAUUCUCCACGGGGUGUGUUUGGUUGUGGAGAUUGGGAUGAAGAAGGUAUUGAAGGGCAGGUGCCGGCUGCCUCCGGCUGUAUCGAGGCCGCUCACGAUUGGGUUCGUGGUGGUGACCGGCUUUUGGCUGUUCUUCCCGGAGUUGCGGAGGUGCAAAGGGUUUGUCAGAGCGUUUGAUGAGUACAUGCUGGUAGCUGCGUUUGUGAAGGACAUUGUUGGUGGGGCUGUACGUAAAGUUCAGAAAUGAUGAUGGCUUGGGGAAGUAGUUCACAUGUCACAUUGCAUGUAUUUAAUUCGUGCGAGACCAUUUUGAUUAGUGUCGCACCGGAUUGAGUUUGAUGUUCGGCUCAGUUCGUUUGCAAAUGAGUCGAGUUUUAGCUCAAUUGUUUGCUUGUUUUAGAAAACAAGCUCACAUUGGUUCAAUAGUGACUUACAAUCGCGUGGCUCA